AUGCAGGUGAAAGACUGCGGGGCGGACGGAACUGGGGUAGAAACAGAGUGUGAAAGAGUAACUGAAGAAUCCGAAAGGGUGACCGAAGGUCCCGUUAAUUUCGAAAGGGAAGAAUCGUCACAUUUUCCCGACUCCAGCUUAGGGAAGUGUAAACAGUUUUGUCUAUGUCCUUCUUCGGAGCUUUGCGUUCUGGACUUCGCGUCACGAACAGCACCCGGUGAAAAAGGAUCCUUUCCCUUUCCUUCCCCUUGUUCAGUUUCGUCCUUGACUUCGUUUGCCCGUAGUCGCUCUACCCCCUCCUCUGUUUUCAUGCGUUCUGUCAGGAAUGGAUAUGGCAGGGAAGAGCGAGACACAGCCGAGGCAGGGGAAGAGGACGAAACACGCGAAGCCGACGAAGGGACAGCAGAACUCGACAACGAAGAGUCAGAGAAAGACGGAAACUGUGCAGCGGAAAGUGAGAAUGGUCUUUCGAAGCUCGACAGAUUUGAAGUUCCUGGAUCUUGCGCGUCACCUCGCCUCGACAGUGUCGAUGGGCUAGCAUCAUUAGGGGGUCGUGAUGAACGCGAACGUGGAGCAGCCGAAACGCUAGACUCCAGCGCACAAAGUCCAGUGGACAUCUCCAUGGAAGGCUCGCUGCUUCGACCAAGGUCUGCACUCAGCGCAACAAAAGGCAACGACCGGAUUGGAAUCGUGGCCACCUAG